CGCGCACACUUCCGCUCUAUAGUACGGAUCUGAGCUCACAUGUUUGCUUAGUCCGACCGAGCGAAUUGUGUGAAAAGCCGUUUUCUAAAUUGAGGAGAUAAAUUAAUAAUGUUCACUGUCAGUCCUUCAGCCGAAUAAAGCCAGUGCCGGCUGAAGCCAAUGGAGACGCAUGCAUCGCCGUUUGUAAAUUUACGUCUUUGCUUUCAUUAUGACAACUAAGUGAUACUCUUUCAGAUGGCAUCAGUAUUUUAUCAGUUGUGCCACAGGUAUCUCUUCAUAAGGACUUGUGGUUUUCUCAUUACAUUUCACAAAACAAGGGUAUACCAAAGAACUACCCAGGUAGCACAAUCAUCCAUUCCCUCAUCAGGUAGAUCAAAUGCAAAUUACUGGCUGGUUGCCAGAUCCUGGAGAUUGCCAGCACGUCAGUACACUAGCAGUGGGGAUAAAGUUCAGCCAGCCGACGAGGAAAAUGCACCAAAGCAUUUGCUUCCUUUUGACAAGCAGUCCCAGCAAAUAGCACAACCUUCACUUCAGGAUUGUGAACUACCAGCCAAGCACCCCCUAGAGAACAUUACUGAAGAUGAAGCAGUACAGAUCAAUGCAGAACCUCCUCUUCCCGCUUGUUCCAACACUCUUAAACAUUAUGUGGAGCAGUCUGAGACCCUUCGUCAACUAGUCCUCCUAGGUGUUGACCUGUCCAAACUGGAGCAGCGACCCAAUGUGGGAAACAUGCUGAUCCGUUUGGAUUUUGAGAAAGACAUUAAGGAAAAGUUAUUAUUCCUCAAAGAAGUCGGUGUGCCGGAAAACCAGUUGGGGCCUUUUCUCACCAAGAAUCCUUUCAUCCUAACAGAGAACUUGGAGGACGUACAAAUAAGGGUAUCAUAUUUGAAGUCUAAGAAAUUUACAAACACAGCCAUUGCAAGAAUUAUUUCCAAAGCCCCUUAUCUACUAAAUUUUAAUGUUGAAAGAAUAGAUAAUAGACUGGGUUUUUAUCAGAAGGAGCUUGGAUUGAGCAAACAGAAGACCAUGAACCUUGUGACGCGGCUACCACGACUGCUAACUGGUAGCUUGGAGCCAGUGAAAGAAAACCUUAAAGUUUAUGAAAUUGAAUUUGGUUUUCACAAAAAUGAAAUCCAGCAUAUUAUAAGCACGGUACCAAAAGUUUUAACUGCUAACAAAAAGAAAAUCACUGCAAUUUUUGAUUAUGUGCACAAUACAAUGGGUGUGCCUCAUCAUAUGAUUUGCAAAUUCCCUCAGGUGCUAAAUUGUAAACUCCUGAGAAUCAAGGAAAGGCAUUUGUUUCUUAAGUACCUUGGAAGGGCACAGUAUGACCCCAAUCUACCAAAUUAUGUCUCCCUGGAUCGCUUAGCCAGCCUUACAGAUGAAGUCUUCUGCAGAGAAAUUGCUUUAGCCACUGUUAAAGACUUUGAGAUUUUUCAAAAGACGCUCUGAAUUAAAAUGAUGGCAACAUUUUUUCAAACCAAUUUUGUAAUAUUUAUUUGGAUAACUCAUACCUCGACCCAAUUAAAGUCUCUUGAUUGUUCUUCUGCAUUUUGGCUGAAACACGAUUCUUCAUGUGAAAACAAACACCUGGGAAGCCUGUAAUGUUUUAAAUGAAACCGGCCUCUGUUCA